AUGAAGCAGGCCCUGGUGGACGAUACUGAGGAUGUGUCCUUGGAUUUUGGCAACGAAGAGGAGCUGGCUUUUAGGAAAGCCAAGAUCAGGCACCCCCUGGCCACCUUUUUCCACUUGUUCUUCCGAGUCAGUGCCAUUGUUACCUACAUAUGCUGUGACUGGUUCAGCAAGAGUUUUGUGGGCUGCUUUGUCACUGUGCUGCUCCUUCUGUCCUUGGACUUCUGGUCCGUGAAGAAUGUGACCGGAAGACUUAUGGUGGGCCUUCGAUGGUGGAAUCAGAUCGAUGAAGAUGGGAAAAGUCACUGGAUGUUUGAAGCCAGAAAGAUCUCUUCUAAUAAUAUUGCUGCCACAGAAGCUGAAGCUCGGAUCUUCUGGCUUGGCCUCAUCAUUUGCCCGAUGAUCUGGAUUGUUUUCUUUUUUAGCACCUUAUUUUCCUUGAAGCUGAAGUGGCUGGCCCUGGUGAUCGCUGGGAUUUCUCUCCAAGCCGCUAACCUGUAUGGCUACAUCCUUUGUAAGAUGGGAGGUGACAGUGACAUCAGCAAAGUCACAUCCAGCUUUCUGUCCCAGACAGUGUUCCAGACGGCCUGUCCAGGUGACCUCCCAAAGCCUGACCUUGAGGGGCUGGAGAUCCACAAGCAUUAG